AUGGAGGGCGGCAAUGUCAAUGAGGAACCUCUUCAAGGAGUCAAAACUCAAGAAAGGAAAAGAGAGGUAAAAAGGGCUAGAAUCGGUAAUGGGAACUUCUCCAAUGCUAGGUCCGAUGGACAAGGUCGGCCAAGGUUCAAACAAAGGUUCUCCAACCAAGGUUCCUCUAGUGCUCAAAAGUUCAACAAGGAUAGGGUUUGCAACCCUAAACCUCAAGGAGGUAAUAGUGGUGGCUCUUAUGUUUUUAGGCCUAAUUGUGCAAAAUGUGGUAAAAAGCAUGAUGACAAGUGUCUUGUUGGUACCGAUGGGUGUUUUAGUUGUGGGAAGGUUGGCCACAAAAUGAGAGAUUGUCCAAUGCCCAAAGUUAAGGCCAUGUUGGAUCCUGGUGCCACUUUGUCCUUUGAUACACCUUUUUGUGGCCAUGAAGUUUGA